CUCUGGGGAGGUGAGAGCCGGAAGUCCCCAGAUUUGCUACCCUCAGUCCGAUGAGAUUACAUAUCUGAGGUCGGGUUUGAUCUGGGAUCUGCAUCCGGAAAUGACUCCAAGCCCCGCGUUACGGUAGGGUAGAAACAGAGCUACACUGAAAGAAGAGCAAAGGCCUCUAAAAAGUCAUUCGGAAACAUCUUUAAGUAUUUGUAACUGUGUAUAUGCAGCUAAAGAGAAAUUGACUUCCAACAAAACUAACUGAAUAAUCGAAGCAGGUUUAUGUGUGCAUCAUCAAUUCUAUCCAGAAGUUGAAGAAUCUUCCUUUGAGUUUAAGGAUUGUGUGCAUUUAAUAAGAGAAUGACUUUUCAAUUUAAUUUCAAUAUAGAAGAUCAUCUGGAAAAUGAAUUAACACCCCAUGGAGGUGGAGCUUUGGCUCUGGAUUCCUCAAAAGAGUCUUCGGUCUCAGAAAGAGAAAAAGGUAAACAUAGGGACAAAAAAUGUUCUACAGAACAGUUCGACUUGCCUCAGGAUCAUUUGUGGGAACAUAAGUCAAAGGAAAAUGCAGCUCUGUCUCAAGACACAGACAUCUCAGUCAAUACAGCUAACAGUUCGAGUAACUUGGAGCCACGUGAAAACUCUCAGCUCUGCUUGAGAGUUGCCAAAGAGCAUGCUAUACCUAAGGAUUUAAAGAAAGUUUUAGAAAAUAAAGUCAUAGAAACAUUACCAGGUCUCCAGCAUGUUAACAUAUCAGUGGUGAAAACCAACUUGUUGAAAGAGAACUUCCCUGGAGAAAACAUCAUUUCGAAAAGCUUUUCUUCUCACUCUGAUCUGAUUACAGGCGUUUAUGAAGGAGGCUUAAAAAUCUGGGAAUGUACCUUUGAUCUCCUGGCAUAUUUUACAAAGGCCAAAGUGAAAUUUGCUGGGAAAAAAGUAUUGGAUCUUGGUUGUGGGUCCGGGUUGCUGGGUAUAAUUGCAUUCAAGGGAGGAGCCAAAGAAAUUCAUUUUCAGGAUUAUAACAGUAUGGUAAUUGAUGAAGUAACAUUACCUAAUGUAGUGGCCAACGCCACUUGGGAAGAUGAAGAAAAUGAUAUAAGCGAACCAGAUGUGAAAAGAUGCAGGAAAUCAAAAGCAGCACAAGAACUACGUAAAUGCCAGUUCUUUUCUGGGGAGUGGUGUGAGUUUUGUAAGCUUGUACUAAGCAGUGAAAAAAUCUUUGAAAAAUAUGAUCUCAUUCUCACCUCAGAAACCAUUUAUAAUCCAGAUUAUUAUGGUCCUUUGCACCAAACAUUCCUUAGACUGUUAGAUAAAAAUGGACGGGUGCUUUUGGCCAGCAAAGCACAUUAUUUCGGUGUGGGUGGAGGUAUUCAUCUCUUUCAGAAGUUUGUAGAAGAAAAGAACGUAUUUGAGACUAGAACACUCGAAAUAAUUGAUGAAGGGCUAAAGAGAUUCCUAAUUGAAAUGACUUUUAAGUACCCCAGUUAAUGUCUAAUGAAUGUCCUAAGUGAAAUAAACAAUAACCAAAACCUUGUUUUGAA